CGCUACGUCACCUUUGCACCUGGUGUUUGUUUGUUUAUUUGGUUGCAACUCCCCUAUAUCAGCUUGACAAGUGCACUUCACCUGCGUCACUGUUUCUAUAACAAACAGUCCGACACUUCACCAAAUCACAAACAAACAACACAGUCUUAACAUCGAUAUCUUCAACAUGGGGUUCUUCAAUAGGCGUACUGCCCCGGCCGAUGCCAACACGGCCACAGCCACUGGCACCCACGAACGCAAGCCUGGUAUCUUCAGUCGCAGGGGCGAGAAGACCGCACACCACCACGGCCAUCAUGGUAGCAAUGCUUGGAACUCACGUCCAACCUUUGGCCAAUGGAUCAAGGCCACUGCUCUGGAUAUCGUGAGCAUGGCUAUCUUGGGCGCCAUUGGUCUCGGUGUCUACAUGGCGGAUCCUGCUCCCAGCAGAAGCUUCCCCAUCACCUUCCAGGAUGGCGAAAUUGUCUACCCUGAAUUCGCAUACCCCCUGCGAAACGAGAUCGUCCCCAUCUGGGCUGCUGCUCUCAUUGCGUUCUUCGUUCCCUUUGCCGUCUUCUUGAUCGUGCAGAUCCGAGCACGCAGCUUCUGGGAUAUCAACAACGCCACCAUCGGUCUACUUUACUCCCUCAUCACAGCUGCUGUUUUCCAGGUGUUUAUUAAGUGGCUUAUUGGUGGUCUCCGACCCCACUUCCUCGCUGUCUGCAAGCCAGACUUGUCCAGGGCCAACGUUAAUACUGGUGGAAAUGUCGCCAACGGCUACCGCCAGAUUAUGUUCGACCGCAGCGUCUGCACCGGCGACAAAAGUGAGAUCAACGAUGCCCUCGAGUCUAUGCCUUCUGGUCACACCACUGCUGCUUUUGCAGGAUUCGUCUUUCUGUAUCUGUACCUCAAUGCUAAGCUCAAGGUCUUCAGCAACUACCACCCUGCUAUGUGGAAGCUGGCCGCCCUUUACGCGCCUCUGCUUGGAGCCUGCCUCAUUGCAGGUGCGUUGACCAUCGACGAGUACCACAACUGGUAUGACUUGGCCGCUGGUGCCACUAUCGGUUCCAUCAUGGCUUUCAGCUCCUAUCGCAUGGUCUAUGCCAGCGUCUGGGAUUUCCGAUUCAACCACAUUCCCCUCCUCCGCACCACUCCCUUCGUCUACGGUGCUGGCCCAUCUACCCUCGACGGCUUCCAUGACGCUCUCUUCACCCGCAAGGCCGGCUGGGGAACUCACGACGGCAGUGCUUGGGGUGGUGCCCCAGGUGACGCAUCGGAUGGCCCUCGUGGCACCAUGGCGCAGGCCGCUAACGCUGUUACUGGAGCUGCAACUCACGGUGCUGCCAACGGACGUGGUACCCACGGCGGCGUUGUCGGUGUUGGUGGCGAGCACUCAGUCAACCGCAAGCCAGUUGGUGAUCACCAUGUCGGACAUACUCAUGGUCAUAGCCAUGGUCACACCCAUCCUGACCAGAUGGUCUAAGUGUCUUCACUUUGACCUUUCUCCCACGAAGUAGGGGAGUAUUAUAAGAGGAGUCAGGAGAAGUAAUGUUUACGGGGAGGCGAAGCAAGCCCAACACGUGGACG